UUCCCGAACCCUUCUCCCAAGUACUCCUCAUCUCGUGCAGCCUUCUCCAUCCAAGAGCGAGAUCAGAUACGAGGGCAUCCUCUACAGCAUAAACACCGAGGAAUCCAGCAUAGGCAACGAUCUGACCUUUGCACGCCUGCCUCUUCUUCCUCCUCCGCAGGAACUAGGGUUUCGUCGAGACUCCUCCGCCACGAUGUCUAGCUUCAGCGGCGACAAAACUGCCCCUUUCUUCGGAUUCCUCGGCGCGGCCGCAGCCCUCGUCUUCUCCUGCAUGGGGGCGGCGUACGACACGGCGAAGAGCGGCGUCGGGGUGGCGUCCAUGGGUGUGAUGCAGCCAGAGCUCGUGAUGAAGUCGAUAGUUCCCGUUGUCAUGGCCGGAGUCCUGGGGAUUUACGGUCUCAUCAUUGCGGUGAUCAUAAGCACCGGGAUCAACCCCAAGGCCAAGUCGUACUACCUUUUUGAUGGGUAUGCCCAUCUGUCUUCUGGCUUGGCUUGUGGUCUUGCAGGACUUUCAGCUGGUAUAGCCGUUGGCAUCGUGGGAGAUGCUGGAGUCAGGGGUUCCCUUGCUGCCUUGGCAAUUCAUCGGCAUGCUCUAAUUAUUGCAAGUGGUUCUGCUAAGCAAAUUGUGAAGGUUUUCAGUCUAAAAGGAGAGCAGCUAAGCAUCAUCAGAUAUUACCCUACUUUCAUGGCUCAGAGAAUAGGUUCUGUUAGCUGUCUCACUUUCCACCCGUACAGAGUACUCCUUGCUAUUGGUGCUGCCGAUGCCUGUGUAUCUAUCUAUGCAGAUGACACUUACCAAACAAGAUGACUUGCUUUUGGCAACGUUCAAACCUUCAGACCUGAUUAAGGAACAUGGAAAUUUCAAUUUAAUAAUCAAGGAGAUGGUAACUGCAUUUGCCCCAGAUUGUGACAUCAGGCUGCACAAUCCUGCUUUGAAUGUGAAAUUUGUAUCUUACAGUGUUCGUUAGCCUCCUCAAAAGAGGGUCACACUUCAUCAGAAUUCUUGCAUCACCGUUGGAGGCUCUCACUAAUAAUAAUAUUUAGGUAAAAGUUGUACAUAGUCUAUUUUAUGUUUAUGUUUUCUUUUUCUUAUUUAAAUUUUCUUGAUCAUUUUCUUGCUUUGUUUUGUUCAAAGUUGUAAAAUUGCACUUUCAUAUUAUAAAUUAAGUAUUGGCUGCUUUUAGGAAA